GGACUUAUUUUAAUUUCUCCCAUUUCUUGCAUUUUUGCCACUUUUAGUUAUUUAUCGCUGUCUUAUGUAUUAGUUGCUUCCUCCUUUCGGAGGGGAAUGUGCUUUUAUAGAAUCAGCGAAAUGUGAUUUUGGGAAGUUAAGUCCUAUUCUGUAAACACUUGUUAAACCCUACUACGUACCGGAGGAUGACCAUAAGAAGGUGCCUCAGAGUAGGUACCAACCUUAAUGCCUUUCCCAGCUCACAGAAUCACCAUCCCCGGGAUGGGGAGGGUCUUUGUCUUUGCUCUCUCUCUUUCCCCAGCAUGUAAGAGCACCUGGACCUGAGGAGGUGUUCACCAUUUGGGGAGUGACUACAUAAGAGCCAAACAGAAAUGCGUAGGGGCGCCUGGGUGGCUCAGUCGGUUAAGCGUCCGACUUCGGCUCAGGUCAUGAUCUCACGGUGUGUGAGUUCGAGCCCCGCGUCGGGCUCUGUGCUGACAGCUCAGAGCCUGGAGCCUGUUUCAGAUUCUGUGUCUCCCUCUGUCUCUGACCCUUCCCCGUUCAUGCUCUGUCUCUCUCUGUCUCAAAAAUAAAAUAAAAAUAUAAAACAAACAAGCAGGAAUGCGUACACAAUAUUAGAACCACUCAUUCAUGCAGAAGGUUUCCUUAUGAAGUAAUCCUCUGUUCUGUGACGUCACGUGGGCGCUCGUGGUCUGGUAGUAUGUUUCAAAGUCAUCCAUGGCAGGACAUCACUGUUGCAGCUGGGGCUGAUUUGUGCACAUUUACUGGGCACCAGCUGUGUACGCAUGGUGACCCACCCUCUGGGUGUCUAUAAUCAAGGAGGCAGGCCAGCCGACCGGAAACUGGAAUAUGAGAGAGACAUGCUGUUUGGGGCAACUUCGUUAACAUGAGCUUUCUACUCAACAGGUCUAUGCAGGAAAACGGUGAACUCAAAAUCGAGAGCAAGAUUGAAGAGAUUGUUGAACCACUAAGAGAGAAAAUCAGAGAUUUGGAGAAAAGCUUCACCCAGAAAUACCCGCCAGUAAAAUUUUUAUCUGAAAAGGACCGUAAAAGAAUUUUGAUAACCGGAGGAGCGGGGUUCGUGGGCUCCCACCUCACGGACAAGCUCAUGAUGGAUGGCCACGAGGUGACUGUGGUGGACAACUUCUUCACUGGCAGGAAGAGGAAUGUGGAGCACUGGAUCGGCCACGAGAACUUCGAGCUGAUUAACCACGAUGUGGUGGAGCCACUCUACAUCGAAGUUGACCAGAUAUACCACCUGGCCUCUCCGGCCUCCCCUCCAAACUACAUGUAUAACCCCAUCAAGACGCUGAAGACCAAUACGAUCGGGACGUUAAACAUGCUAGGGCUGGCAAAACGAGUCGGCGCUCGCCUGCUCCUGGCCUCCACCUCGGAGGUGUAUGGAGAUCCUGAAGUCCACCCUCAGAGUGAAGAUUACUGGGGCCACGUGAAUCCAAUAGGACCCCGAGCCUGCUACGAUGAAGGGAAGCGCGUUGCCGAGACCAUGUGCUAUGCCUACAUGAAGCAGGAAGGCGUGGAAGUGCGGGUGGCCAGGAUCUUCAACACCUUUGGGCCACGCAUGCACAUGAACGACGGCCGGGUCGUCAGCAACUUCAUCCUGCAGGCGCUACAGGGCGAGCCGCUCACGGUGUAUGGAUCCGGGUCACAGACGAGAGCGUUCCAGUACGUCAGCGAUCUGGUGAAUGGCCUCGUGGCUCUCAUGAACAGCAACGUCAGCAGCCCCGUCAACCUGGGGAACCCAGAAGAACACACAAUCCUAGAAUUUGCUCAGUUAAUUAAAAACCUUGUUGGAAGUGGAAGUGAGAUUCAGUUUCUCUCCGAAGCCCAGGAUGACCCACAGAAAAGGAAACCUGACAUCAGAAAAGCGAAGAUGAUGCUGGCAUGGGAGCCCGUGGUCCCGCUGGAGGAAGGUUUAAACAAAGCUAUCCACUACUUCCGCAAAGAACUUGAGUACCAGGCAAAUAAUCAAUACAUCCCCAAACCAAAGCCCGCAAGGAUAAAAAAAGGACGGACACGCCAUAACUGAAAACCUCACUUCUCGGGACGGGAGACUCCCUGUUUCACACUUGAUGGGAUGUAUUUUUUUUUCUUUUCUUCUUCUUCUUUUUUUUUUUUUUU